CGCUAUCUCUUGGAGCAGCCGGUCUCCUGACUGACUCGGAGGGACUCUCCUCUUCUCCGCCACACACCCACUCUCCCAGCACCGCCUCUAGGUAUGGUAUAUCAAUAGGACAAGUUUUAACGGAAGACUACACUUCAGCAAGCACAACCCGCAGCCGCUCGCACGACUGUGCACACCUCUGAAAGCUUGUCGCAAACGACCAAUUAUCAGACCACAGUACCAUCCAAUCGCCACGGCUGCUAAUUGACUACCAGUACACCCAAAUCUACGUAUCCAGCAUGUUCCGGACGGCAGCAAAGAAGAUCGCGCACAACUCGACGCUGCCUGUGCUCGGAGGAAACAAGGACCUCCGUGCGUUACAGGAACUGAUCACAGCUGAGAAAGCUGUGCUCAACUCACUGCAGAGGCUGAGCGCUGAUAUUGCGAGAGCGUCGGAGGCGCUGAAGGCAUGGGGAAUGGGUGAAGGCGACGACUUAGGGGACACGCUCUCCGCGUCUUGUGCACUCUAUUUGCACUUCUCCGAUGCGCUGCAAGUCUUCGCAAAUCACCACGGUUCUGUACGUGAACAAAUGAAGUCAGUGCGCACGCGAGAGGAACGCCUGGACGAGCUUCGACGCCGACGCAAGUCUCUCGCCGCUGAAGCCGAAUCCGCCGAGAAGAAGCUCAGCAAGAUGGGCCCGGACAGCAAGAACCUGCAGACACAAAUGGAUCACCUCAACAAGUUGCGAGAAGAGAUCCGGAUUAUGGACACGGACAUCAUGGCAGAGGAGGCCAGUCUCAGCGAUUACAAGCGGUCCACGUCGAAGGCGUGGCUGGGUUACAAGUUCGGAGGGCUCGUGGAAUGCUGCGAGAAGGGCAUCAUCAUUGCCGAUCACGGUAGAUUGGUUAUUGCAGAAAUACCUCUUGACAGGACGGAGCCUGGACUCCCUCGAGCAUACUACAACGGCUACAGUAACACGGAGAACCUCGUUACCGAUGCGCGUCGUGCGCUCUCGACUGUUAGCUUCUCCCAAGAGCCUAAUCUCGGCGGCCUCGUUCGUUCUGCCGAUCCAUACGACAACUCGGACAUAGCAUCCCUCCCACCAACACAAUAUGGAUUUGCGCCCACUUCUCAAGCGGGCGACACCAGCCGGCGCACCUCUGUAGUCAUGCCCGCUCCCACUGGCGACGCCAGCCUCUCCGACACAGCGUCCACCAACGGCCAAAUGCCGCGCUCACCCCUCGCCGGCGGGUAUGGCGCUCUCUCGCUCGCGCCCUCCAGCCCGUUCAUGGCCCCCAGCAACCAGUCGCUCUCGUAUGUUGACAUCGCCGCUCCCAUGCCGCCCCCCGCAGACACCGGGGAAUUCGGGGCCCUCCCGCAGGAGCCGUACUCGCCGCGUAUGAGCUCGAUGCGUUCGCCUGAGGAUCGCGACCGCCUCACGGGUGCGCGGGUCUCGCGCUUCUCCACCGUCCCCGCGCUCGGCGGCCCGCGCCCCCCACGCGACUCGCGGGUGUACGCGUCGUCCCACGCGAACGAACGCCCGCCAUCACUCGACGUCCAGCGGCCCCAAGACGACUUCUCGUCGAGCAUCGCCCAGGCACUUGAGGACAAAUUCAACCCCAAGUCGGGCGCGAAUGGCGGUGAGAAGGGGGGCACCCAGGAGAGUAGGCACACGUCGCACUCGUCGCCGCCGCCAAUGUACACGUCUGUUGUGGGGCAUGCCGGCGAGGACGACGUGCAGCUGGCGUACAUGUCUCCGGAGGACGAGGCGGAGACGUCGCCUGAACGGCGGAGCAGGGAGGACAGGAAGGUCAAGUUUGAGCCCUCGGGUGGCUUUGCGGACGACGUGCUGAGUUCCAGCCAGGUGGCGGAGCAGACGGCCCAGGGUGACGGGCGUCGGAGCUUUGAGCAGUCCGAGCGAUUGUCAUCAAAUGCAGCAGUACCUCCAACAAGCAAUACCCAGGCACCGGCCUCUUACGUUCUGUCUCCGCCGUCUGCACAAGUGCCGGCACCACCCGUUGAUCAGCGAACCCAAGACGCCGACGCAGCGCGGGAGGUCUCGCGGGAGAUCGACGCGCUCAUGUCAAGCUCCGCUCUGACAAGUACCAUCCCGGAGCCGAGCCAACGGACGCCCUCUCCGCUUAUUCCGCCUCAGGCACCGUUUGCUCGCCGCACUGUCUCCCCUCGACCUCCGAUGGACGCCGCCAUUCCGCCUCCCGGCAGCCCACGCGUCAGCACGGGAGGUGGCUCGCAGUUUAGCGGAUACACACGCGAACGGGAUCGCUCGCUUGCAUCGCCAACGAGCUCGCUCGCACAGUCGUCUGCUGAGGAUCGGGAGCCCGCGUCCCCAGUGUCGUCUCGAUCCCGAGUGAGCGGCGACGGGCCUCCGACAGCCGUACCCGCCAUUGCUCUUCAACGUCCAUCGCCCUCUCCCUCGUCAUUCUCCGUAAACACCAACAUGACAGCAUACAGGUCGACGCCCCAGUCGGAGUACGCCUCGCCGCUCUCUUCGCCGCUCCCCACGCCGACUGCCCCAGGGUCGUUCUACUCGCUGCCCGCAGCGUCCGCAUCAGGCAAGAUUUCCGCGGCUGCCUUCAGGAGGCAGGCUCGUAGCCCUAGUAUACCCGCAGUGCCCGGUUCCGAUGCGCCAAAUGUGGACACAGGCCCGCUGAUGGUGAAGAAGCGACCGCUGCCCUCGUCGCCGUCAGGAAACACUGCGCCCGGUGCCGUCAGGCAGUCUAUACCGCGCGUGCCCUCGGCACCCCUCUCCAGCCGUGACUCGCUCGAUGCUGGGGAUGGGAGUGGACGCUUCCGUUCGACGUCUGCGGCGCAGGCUUUUGGGGAUCGAUCGUCGCGUGGUGGUCAAGAAGUCGCGGGGAGUGACGACGAUUAUGAUUACAUCUCGGCGUAUACUGGGCCGGAGGGACGUGAGUCUGGAGGGUAUGAACAUGGGAAGUUCGCGACCAAUCUCGAAGAUGGGAGAAUGAGUCUGCGGUAGCGCAGAAGCAUAACAAGUGUUCUUUUUAGCAGUGUAUCGGCUGCUGCUCGACUGGGCCGGUGUUUCAUUCGGUCCACAAAUUAUUUAUGUCCCCAUCACUGGAGCCGUUGUCGGACUCCCCAGUUGAGAGUCUGCACAUGCCGAAAUUGAAGAUCGGCUCUCCGUGGCCACAACUUCUGCUUAGCGGCCGGGGACAGCAGCUGGCUGUGCAUCAUUACGCCCAGCUACAAUCAUUACACAAUCCACAUUGUAUGGUAAGUAC